AUGACAUAUAAAGUUGUGAAGGAAUUCUUUGUGACUGGGAGGUUGCAUAAAGGAGUCAGUAGUACAGCUGUAACUCUGAUCCCUAAAGUGCAAAAUCCUAGUCAAGUGAAGGACUAUAGGCCCAUAGCAUGUUGUACAACUCUAUAUAAAAUUAUCACAAAGGUCCUUACAGCAAGACUAAAAGCAGUCAUUGGAGAUCUAAUUGGGAGAUCACAGUCAGCUUUCAUUGAGGGUCACAGCAUCACAGAUAACAUCUUGUUCACACAUGAAUUGUUCAAAGGUUAUAACAGAAAGGGCAUCUCUCCAAGAUGUGUCCUCAAAGUAGAUUUAAAGAAAGCCUAUGACACAGUGGAAUGGUGUUUCUUAGAAAGACUGUUUAAGGAUAUGGGGUUUCCUUAUAAAUUCAUAGGAUGGGUAAUGGAGUGCAUUUCAUCAGUUACUUAUUCCCUCAACAUAAAUGGUGGUCUCACAAUUCCUUUUAAAGGCAAAAGAGGCAUAAGGCAAGGAUAUCCAAUGACUCCCUACCUUUUUGUCCUGGCCAUGGAGUAUUUGAAAAGGGAGUUCAUGCAAAUGAUGAAGAGGAAAGAUUUCAAAUUCCAUCCUAGGUGCAAGAAAUUGGGAGUGGUACAUGUAUGUUUUGCAGAUGACCUGCUAAUGUUUUGCAAAGCUGAUAUUCAGUCUGUUAGACUACUAAAACAGACAUUCCAGAAGUUCUCAAAAGCAUCUGGUCUUCAAGCAAAUGCUGAAAAGAGUGUUGUCUAUAUAGCUGAAGUGUCAAAUUGGCAUAGAGAGGAAAUUCUGCAAGAGUUAAGUUUCCCUGAAGGAGGUCUCAAUGUAAUGAACUUACUAGUUUGGAACAAGGCUGCUAUUGCUAAGCACCUAUGGGCAGUGGCAAAGAAGAAAGACAGCUUAUGGAUUAAAUGGUUGCACGUCUAUUACAUAAAGAAUCAUAGCAUUGAAGAUAUGCCUACUCCUAGGAAUGCAACCUGGGUAGUUAGGAAGAUCGUUGAGUCAAGGAAGAUGAUAAACGAACUUCAAGGCAUUCAAGGCAACCUGGAGAGCAGACUGAUCCAGCUACAGAGGGGUGAACUAUUCAGCAUUAAAAAACUGUACAGGCUUCAAUACCCUCACUACCAAAAAAGUUCAAUGGCACAUAUACAUCCAAGAUACAAGUUCAUACUAUGGCUUGCAUUACAUAGCAGAUUGGCAACAGUGGAUAGGCUUCUGAAAUUUGGCAUACAAGUUCCACAGCAAUGUAUAUUCUGCGGGCUAGCUAUUGAGACCUUUGAUCACCUUUUCUUUGAAUGCUCGCUGACAAAGGCACUAUGGAAUAGACUACUAAGAUGGCUGAGAUAUCAUAGACCCAUAUAUGACUGGCAGCAUGAGGUUGAAUGGGUAAGCAAGAAUGCAAAGAGGAGGAAUGGACUAGCAGCAAUAACCACCUGUGUGUUUGGGAUGCUGGUGAAUGCUAUAUGGAGGGAAAGAAAUAAGCAAAGAUUUCAAGGAGGGAGACUACUCAGCAACAACAUAUGCAAAGAAAUAGCCAUCCACAUACACAUGAAGGGGACCUCAAUUCACGACUGGAAGGAAGCCUUGUUGAGUUUAAAUUCUUACCCUUAG